UAUUACUGUAUAGACCGAUAUCCUCCUGUUCCUUCUCUCACUGUUCUUGGGAAUUGCUGGAUGCUUUAAAACGUCAUCAUAUUUUUCCUAAAUCUAGGCUACAAUGCAGGUUUGUUGAAUGACAUUCUGUUUUUUGUUGUGAAGCACUGGGCUGUGCAUUCUCAGCGAUCUUCGGGAGAAAUAUUGUCCAACAGUUGUUGAACAACCCCAAUCAAACCAUUGGAAUGUAUUUGGAAGUUUCAUAUCGGAAAUGAAAGGAUACACUUUGAAGUGGACUGUAUAAUGAUUUUUUAGACCUAUAGUGGAUUAUAUUUUUCUGCUAAAGUGCAGUAACGAAAAGUGCUAUAAAAAAAUCAUAGAAGACCAGCAGUCAGUCAAAAUGCCAUGGGACAUAAUACUUUGCGGAAUUAUGCUUUUGCUGAACAUGAGAACUUGUGAAAGCUUCCCGAACAAGUUUGAUGAGGACAUUGACAAACGUAUAGACCCAUUAGAUUACGUUAUCGAUCCAUUAGAUUAUGAUAGGCUUGAGGAUCCGUUUGAUAUAAAUGUAACUGCUUGUGGUGAGUGCUCACCUGAAUUGUGUCCCGUGGCACAAGAAUGCAGGGCUGGGCUAAUUUUUGACAGUUGUGGUUGCUGCCAAGAGUGUGGAAAUCUAGAGGGGCAGACGUGUGAUAUUGGUGACAUUAAUGUGUUUUACGGUCUCUGUGGGACGGAUCUUCAAUGCAAAAUUGACGAUUUGGAUGUUGGAGAUGAAGAAAUUGCGGAGCCGCAGUGCGUCUGUCAAUCGCAAGAUGCGCUCUGUGGUUCCGAUGACAGAACAUACAUGAACAAUUGUCAGUUUAAAGAAGCGUACUUCUCAAAUUCAUCACUCAAGAUAAAGCGCAAAGGUCCAUGCAAAACAGUGCCGAUCAUCAAGGUCCCACCCCAGAACCUGGUGAAUGUUACGGGUAGUAGCAUGGUGUUCCUCUGUGAGGUCUUUGCCUUUCCAAUGGCAAUGAUUGAAUGGAAGAAGGAUGGCAGAGACAUUAUUCUUCCAGGAGAUGACCCACACAUAUCUGUCCAGUCUCGGGGUGGUCCCCUGAAGUAUGAGCUCUCUAGCUGGCUGCAGAUUGAGAAAGCUGGCCUGGCCGAUGCUGGCACCUACCGCUGUGUCGCUCGGAACGAGCUCGGCAGUAUCUCUGCAAUGGCUGUGUUAGGAGUUCUAGGUCCAGAAGAGAUGUCCGUCUACUUGACGGAGAACGUGACGGAAAUGUUGGAGUAUGGCCACUCGGAGAGAGAGUAUGAUGAGGAUUACUACUAGUGAUGUCCUCCGUUGUAAAGAAUCAGCCCUCACUAACGGAGGUGCUGAUGGCAUCCUGAAAGUCUUCACAAUUGUUGUAGUGUUGCACACGCGGAUAUUAUACAACUGUUCAGCUUAACCCCAUGUUUUCAUCUCUACAUCUGUAGUCAAGAUGGUGAAAGUGGAGAUGUGAACGUGAUAUAUAACAAAAGCAUAAGUGAAUAUGUGUGGAAGUUGAUUAUGGAAGCGUCUGAUCAUUCCUGAAGUCUAUAUUGUACACUAUAUAGUACUGAAAGCAUAAGGAAUGAAUGUCUCUUUGUUCAAAAGCUGUUCAAACCCAUUUUCCUUGUGACUAUAAGUCUACAUUCCAAAGUGCAGGGACGUUGUCCUGUUACUGUCUGGUAAAAGGUUUAGCCAUCCCCUCAGGAUGAACCUGGCAUGUGUGCAACCAAUAUGUGCAACUGGAUGUACUCUAUGUGGAAUGUCGAGGUGCAUUGUUGUGUCUCAGAACUGGAAUGUACAUUUAGCUGGUUUAUAGGUUUCUAUCUAUCGCUGUAAUGCUUGGGCAGAUGUGUCAGUAAGCCAAGCCCAGCUCUGGUCAUGGUGGAGAGAAACCCACAGAUGGUUUUAAUGUUUUUGUGCAGCUCAGACAUGAAGAGAAACACCAUCUCCUUUGUUCUUGUGUCAACAAGGUUCUAUUUCCUUUUAUAAGAGAUUAUGGACUACCUUGGACUUGAUCUAAAUAUAGCCAUUCUUACUACAUCUACGCAAAGGAAGCAACAUCAGACUAAGAAUAUUAUGAAUAUGAAUAAACAAAUUAUAUUACAAAGAUUUGUUAUAUUAUGCUACUUCUGAAUAUUACAAUAUAUCAAAUCAUCUCAAAGGGGAUAUAUGUUUUUCCAAAUUAUUUAUGCUUUCAUCUGGAUAAAAAAAAUCUGUAUUGACAAAUUCAAUGUAAAAUGCGUACAUUUUGAAGCGGUGAUGGCUUACUACAUACUGUUACUGUUACUGUUACAUAUUGCAUUCCCAGAAGAAAGAAAUAUGCAAUAAAUGAAAAACAGUAAUCACAAACAGUCUCUGCAUGUAUUUGCGUGCCAAAGUCCCUUCAGCAACACUGACUGUUAAAGUAAUUACAGUCAUACUGGUGUAAAUCAAAGCCAUGAUCUGGACCCCUACUCUUGAAAUAACCAGACAAUAUCCCUGUUUGUUUGCUUCCAUUUUCUCUUGCUGUGUUAUUUCAAGCAGAGCCCAUCAUUGGAGGAAAACCCCAUUCAAGGAGUAACUCCCCAACUCUUGGAAUCCAUUUAUUUUUAACUGUAUGGAAAACUUUUAGAUAUCAAGAGGAUUGUUUGAGGCUCA